GGAGCCUUACUCUUCAUCUCCCCCACCCAUCAAACAAAAGUUCUUCAUCAAACACUAAACCUGAUAAUCGCAACCAAACCCUAAAAAAUUGAAGACGAACGAGUUACUGGCAUGACGUCGAAUGAAUCUGUUCUUCCGAUUCCACAACUAAACAAAGAUUUAAAGCAGAAUAAUGUGGGACAGAAAGAAAGAAGAAACCGGAGAGUCUUAGGUAAUAUCGGAAAUCUUGCUCCAACCAUUGUUGUCGAAGCUGGAAAACCGACUCAGAUAUCUCGCCCCAUCACAAGAAAUUAUUGUGCACAAUUGGCUGCAAAUGCACACGGAGCAGCAGGCAAGAAUGUUAAGAUACAGAAACCACAAUCGGAAACUAACAAUGGUGAAGAAGUAGUAUUGAAAAAUCAAGAAGAAACGCCAAGAAGAAGAGCGAAAAAGCCUUCAAAGUCGCUAACCGCAGUUCUCUCUGCUCGUAGUAAAGUUGCUUGUGGGAUCACAUCAAAACCUAAAGAUCCGGUGGUUAACAUAGACGAAUCCGACAUCAAUAACGAACUGGCUGAAGUCGAAUACGUUGAAGACAUUUACAAGUUCUACAAACUCUCAGAAACCGAAGGCGGGUUACAGGAUUACAUGAACUCACAGCCGGAACUAAACGCUAAAAUGAGAGGUAUUUUGAUAGAUUGGUUGAUUGAAGUUCACCGAAAGUUUAACAUGAUGCCAGAGAGUCUUUACCUCACUAUCAACAUUGUGGACCGAUAUCUCUCUAUGCGAAAAGUUGCCCGAAGAGAAUUUCAGUUGGUUGGUAUGAGUGCAAUGCUCAUUGCUUGCAAAUAUGAGGAAAUUUGGCCACCGGAAGUCAACGAUUUGAUCGCGAUUUCAGACAAUGCGUACUCGGGAGAACAGAUUCUGGUUAUGGAGAAAGCGAUUCUUGGUCAACUGGGUUGGUAUUUGACCGUACCUACACCGUAUGUGUUUCUUGUUCGGUAUACAAAGGCUUCAAUACCUUCUGAUGAUGAGAUGGAGAACAUGGUGUUUUUCCUGACUGAUCUGGGUUUGAUUCACUACUCGGUUAUUAUAGCGAAUAAUCCCUCAAAGCUAGCGGCUGCGGCUGUUUAUGCUGCUAGGUCCACCCUUAACAAGACCCCGGUUUGGACCGAAACAUUGAAACAUCACACGGGGUACUAUGAAGAGGAGCUAAGGGAGUGUGCCAAGAUGUUGGUGAGUUUUCAUGCUAGUGCUAAUGAGGCUAAGUUGAAGGCAGUGUAUAGGAAGUAUGUAAAUCCAGAGAGGGGUGCGGUGGCUCUUUUCCCUCCGGCGAGAAGUCUAUUGGCCGAGGUUGUUGUUGCUGGUGCGUCGUCGUGAAAAAGGCUUGGUUGGUUUGUGGUUUGGUGUGGAUUAUUUGUUUUUGAUUGUGAUCAUUUUUCUGUUAUGAUCAUGUUUUGAUGACCCUUUAUGAUCAAGAUUAGUAUGUUUCCUAUUUGGUGAUUGACAUCUUUUCC